AUGUCGUUUGAGGUUAAUUGGGAGAAUCUAGGCAAAGAUCGUGUCAUUAACGAUUCUAUUAAAGGCUUCAUUAACUCUCAUUUGCAAUCUAUAAUAUUGCCUAGCUAUGUUAGUAGUUUGCAAGUUACAGAUUUCAGCCUAGGAAAUAUUGCACCGAAAAUCACUUUAAAGGAGAUUUCCAAUCCUUUGCAGGAGUUCUACGAUCAUAUUGCGGAGGACGUGGUCCAAACGUAUGCUUCAGAACAAACUGUAGAUGGUACCGUCGAAGGGUUUUCUAACAAUGUUAUAGAUGAUAAGCAAAGUGAUGCUCAGUUCCUCUUGGAAAUAGAUUACAAAGGGGACAUGUUAAUAGAAGUCAAAGCUGAAUUAGUUCUGAAUUAUCCUAGUAACUCCUUCAUGACACUUCCAGUCAAAUUAGCUAUCAGUGACAUUGGCAUCCAUGCUUUGUGCUUAAUUGCGUACCUAUCCAAACAGUUAUUCAUCAGCUUUCUAUGUGACGUAAGUGAUCCAAUUCUGGAUGCGCAUGAUUCUAUAGUCGACUCGACCGGCACUAGCUUUUUAGGUAAACAGUCUCUCGAAAGAAUUUCACUUAUAAGAAGUAUUAAGAUUAAUAGUGAAAUAGGAGAGCAAAAUGAUGGAGAAGGCUCUAUAUUGAGAAGUGUUGGUAAGCUGGAGCAAUUUCUCCUAGAAGUUUUCCGGAAUAUCUUACGAAAAGAGGCAGCUUGGCCAAGUUGGAUCAACUUAGAUUUUAAUGACGACGAUGAAGAUAAUGAAGAUGAUGAAGAUGGUGAUGGCACCGAUCUUAAGCAACCAGACACUAACGAAGCAGAAGCUCAGUUAUAG